UGGGUUACCUGGUGCCGUUGUUGUUUGUGGUCCUGUUGUUGUUUGUGGUCCUGUUGUUGUUUCAGUUCCAGUUGUUGUACCUGGUGCAGUUGUUGUUUGUGGUCCAGUUGUUCCUGGAACAGUUGUUGUUCCUGGAACAGUUGUUGUUCCAGGUCCAGUUGUUGUUCCAGGUCCAGUUGUUGUUCCUUGAGCAGUUGUUGUGCCUGGUACAGUUGUAACUGGUCCAGUUGUUGUUACUGGUCCAGUUGUUGUUACUGGUCCUGUUGUUGUGCCUGGUCCAGUUGUUGUUUGUGGUCCAGUUGUUGUUUGUGGUCCAGUUGUUGUUCCUGGAACAGUUGUUGUUCCAGGUCCAGUUGUUGUUACUUCUCCAGUUGUUGUUUGUGGUCCAGAUGUUGUUCCUGGAACAGUUGUUGUGCCUGGUCCAGUUGUUGUAACUGGUCCAGUUGUUGUUACUGGUCCAGUUGUUGUGCCUGGUCCAGUUGUUGUAAUUGGUCCAGUUGUUACUGGUCCAGUUGUUGUGCCUGGUCCAGUUGUUGUUUGUGGUCCAGUUGUAGUACCUGGUCCAGUUGUUGUUUGUGGUCCAGUUGUUGUUCCAGGUCCAGUUGUUGUUACUUCUCCAGUUGUUGUUUGUGGUCCAGUUGUUGUUCCUGGAACAGUUGUUGUGCCUGGUCCAGUUGUUGUAACUGGUCCAGUUGUUGUUACUGGUCCAGUUGUUGUACCUGGUGAAGUUGUUGUGCCUGGUCCAGUUGUUGUUUGUGGUCCAGUUGUAGUACCUGGUCCAGUUGUUGUAACUGGUCCAGUUGUUGUGCCUGGUCCAGUUGUUGUGCCUGGUCCGGUAGUUGUUUGUGGUCCAGUUGUUGUUACUGGUCCAGUUGUUGUUACUGGUCCAGUUGUUGUGCCUGGUCCAGUUGUUGUGCCUGGUUCAGUUGUUGUGCCUGGUCCAGUUGUUGUGCCUGGUCCAGUUGUUGUUUGUGGUCCAGUUGUUGUUCCUGGUCCAGUUGUUGUUUGUGGUCCGGUUGUAGUGCCUGGUCCAGUUGUUGUUACUGGUCCAGUUGUAGUACCUGGACCAGUUGUACUUGGUCCAGUUGUUGUUUCAGGUCCAGUUGUUGUACCUGGUGCAGUUGUGCCUGGUCUUGUUGUAGUACCUGGUCCAGUUGUUGUUCCUGGAACAGUUGUUGUUCCAGGUCCAGUUGUUGUUCCAGGUCCAGUUGUUGUUACUUCUCCAGUUGUUGUUUGUGGUCCAGUUGUUGUUGUGCCUGGUCCAGUUGUUGUAACUGGUCCAGUUGUUGUUACUGGUCCAGUUGUUGUGCCUGGUCCAGUUGUUGUAACUGGUCCAGUUGUUGUUACUGGUCCAGUUGUUGUUAUUGGUCCAGUUGUUGUGCCUGGUCCAGUUGUUGUAACUGGUCCAGUUGUUGUGCCUGGUGCAGUUGUUGUUAUUGGUCCAGUUGUUGUGCCUGGUACAGUUGUUGUUACUGGUCCAGUUGUUGUGCCUGGUCCAGUUGUUGUUACUGGUCCAGUUGUUGUACCUGGUGCAGUUGUUGUUACUGGUCCAGUCGUUGUACCUGGUCCAGUUGUUGUAGCUGGUCCUGUCGUUGUUACUGGUCCAGUUGUUGUACCUGGUCCAGUUGUUGUUUCUGGUCCAGUUGUUGUUACUGGUCCAUUUGUUGUUCCUGGUCCAGUUGUUGUAGCUGGUCCUGUCGUUGUUACUGGUCCAGUUGUAGUACCUGGUGCAGUUGUUGUUACUGGUCCAGUCGUUGUACCUGGUGCAGUUGUUGUUACUGGUGCAGUUGUUGUACCUGGUGCAGUUGUUGUGCUUGGAGGAGGUGGUGGAGUUGGUGGAGUUAUAAAUGGAGUUGUACCCUGAGUGUAUUCUUUGCGCCCUGGAAAAUAUCAAUAUUUAGAAUUAAUCUCUAUCAUGUGUACGAAUUACAGGAACGAAUUUCAUAGGCAGUUUCCUUAAGUCGAAAUCGUAAGGUUCAUCAAAAAACUGCCGAAAUGGCCCCAAAAAACAAGAUGGCCGCCAAAAAUGUAAUCCGCACUUGAACUUUGUAUUUUUA